AUGCAAAUUGUGAGCAAGUGUGGAGGUCUUCCUCUAGCUGCAAAGACUCUUGCGAGUUUGCUCUACUCCAGAAACGAUGAAGAAGAAUGGUUAUCUAUCUUGAACAGCGCAAUUUGGAAUCUGCCAACAGACGAAAAUAAGAUCAUGUCUAUAUUGAAGUUGAGUUAUGAUCACUUAUCACCAAAUGUGAAACGAUGCUUUUCAUAUUGCUCGAUCUUUCCCAAGGGUCAUGCUUUUUCGAAGAGGGAACUUAUUAGGAUGUGGAUGGCAGAGGGAUUCCUUAAUAGUCCCUGGCAAGCAUGUGCAUCGCCAGAAUUUGUAGGUAACGAGUAUUUCAAAAUUUUGUUGUUAAACUCUUUUUUCCAGGAUGAACGCAAAAAGAAAUGGCUGGAUGUCAAGUCUUGCAGGAUGCAUGAUAUUGUGCACGAUCUUGCAAUAUUAAUUGCUGGGAGUGAGUCUCGGAUGGUGAAACUAAUUGGUGAGAUAUUCACAAUAGAUGAUAAUCCAGAAGUUAUUAAUCAUUCAUCUGAAUUUCGUCACUUGGGAUUACAAGUCCUUGAUGAUGAUGUCUCAGCAAUUCCCUCCGAGAUUUAUCAAGCCUCCAAACUACACACUUUUGUUUCUUUUUCUCCUCGGUUAUAUGGAUACAAUGGUGAAGGUGUCUGGGUUAAUAGGAUCUUCAGCUUGAGUUUACUGAGGGUUUUAAAUCUAAGUCACACAGGAAUUCAAGAGUUUCCCCAGUCGAUUUGCAAACUAAAGCAUCUUCGGUAUCUUGAUCUCUCACAUACCCGCAUUGAAACUUUCCCCAGGUAUUUCAGCCAGCUGUACACUUUGCAAACUUUAAGGCUCAGAGGAUGUAGAUUGAAAGAAUUUCCCAGAGACAUGAGAAAUAUGAUCGGUUUGGAAUAUCUCACAUUCGCUGGAGCUUAUUUGACUCAAAUGCCAAGAGAGGUAAGCAGAUUAAGUAAACUUAAAAAAUUUGUGGGAGAAGGCAAAGGUUAUGGUAUAGAAGAAUUGAGAGAUCUAAAUCUUCUUGGAGGUAAACUGAUUAUUGAAAAUUUGGGAAGUGGUACAAAUGGAAAACAAGCAAAUUUAAUGGGGAAGAAAAAUAUUGCACACUUACGACUGGAUUGGGAUUUUCUAACGCCUGAUGAUUCUAAUAGAAUUACCAAACAUACUCUGGUGAUGAAUGACCUCCAACCUCAUCCAAAUCUACAAAAGUUAGGAAUUUCUAGUUUUGGUGGUUCAAAGUUCCCUACAUGGAUGAGUACUUCCAUACAUCUUCCGAAUUUGGUAUAUAUCACUCUAUUUAACUGCGCAAACUGUAUACACCUUCCUGCACUUGGACGACUACAAUCUCUUAGAUAUCUUUGCAUGCAAGGAUUGAAAGCUAUCAUACAAAUUGGUAAGGAGUUCUAUCAAGGUAAUGAAGAAGCAUCAAGUAAUGAAGAAGCAUCAUUCCCUUCUUUGGUAGAGCUUCAUAUAAUUUCUUUCUUGAAUUUGGAAGAAUGGUUAGGAGACCAGCGGUCGACAUCAACAUCUAGUUUCUCUCGCCUUAAAAGGUUGGAGAUAUCCGAGUGCUUAAAGUUAUCAACCCGCCGACUAGAUUUCCAUCUCUCAAAAAUUUACAAUUUUCAAUUGAGCUAG